AAUAAUGUAUUCCUAUCCCUAGGAUGCUACCUUACCUAUACCGGCCAGUUCGUAGGAGGUGCAAAGCCAAGGCUCUCUGCCUAGUCUCCAGAUACACCUACUCAAGGGGCAAGGCGGGGUACUAAACAGGAAUGCAGUGCCCCUUUAACCUGCAUGCCUGGACUCAGGUACUUUGCUUAGGGCAGCAAGGGGAGUGCCUUAUUCCCCAUUUGCUUCCCUAUGUGGAUGCACAGUCCAUCUCACUAACUAGACCUAAUCCUUUUUGCUUUUAUUCCUACUGUAUCUGUCACUUCAUUUGGGUACUGUAUAGAACGAAGGGCUGAAAAGUGAUAUACCAAGGAUUUUAACAACAUUCCAAUAACUUUAGUAAUGUGCUGCACACCUCCAAUAGCCAGGCUAAGAGAGUCAUUCAGAACUUAGAACUUACCUCUUUUCCUUUUUGGAUCUCUCAAUGUUCCAUCUUGCCACAGAGCACUGGCUCCUGCUCCAAGCAAUGUCCUGUCAUCCUCUGUGCUGGGGAGGUACUUCAAUAACAUCUGCUAAAAUCAAAGUGAAUGGAGUGCCGCUGCAUUAUAAACAGACAGGACAAGGGGAUCAUGCAGUUCUGCUUCUUCCUGGGAUGUUAGGGAGUAGUCAAAGUGAUUUUGGACCACAGCUCAAAUCUAUGAACAAGCAGCUGUUCACAAUAGUUGCCUGGGAUCCUCGGGGCUAUGGACAUUCCAUCCCUCCAGCUCGAGAUUUUCCUCCAGAUUUCUUUGAAAGAGAUGCAAGAGAUGCUGUUGAUCUGAUGCAGGCACUGAAGUUUAAGAAGUUCUCUUUGCUGGGAUGGAGUGACGGUGGGAUUACAGCUCUCAUAGCAGCUGCAAAACAUCCAACCCUUAUCCACAAGUUAGUUGUUUGGGGAGCAAACGCCACUGUCACUCAGGAGGAUCUGAAGCUUUACAAUGCUAUCCGAGAUGUUUCAAAAUGGAGUGAAAAGAUCAGGAAACAAAUGGAAGAAAUGUACGGACAUGAAUAUUUUGCAAAAACAUGUGAGGCCUGGGUGGAUGGAAUAUCUCAGUUUGCUGACAAGCCAGAUGGUAACAUUUGUCAGCAUUUACUGCCUCACAUAAAGUGUCCAACAUUUAUAAUACAUGGUGGGAAAGACCCUUUGGUACCACAGUUUCACGCUGAAUAUCUUCACAAGCACAUCAAAGGGUCACGGUUGUUUCUGAUGCCAGAAGGAAAGCACAAUCUACAUUUACGCUUUGCAGAAGAAUUCAACAAAUUAGCAGAAGAUUUCCUACGAUAAUAGAGUUUAACAAAUUAAGUGUAUGUAAGGUUCUUAGUAUAUUUAAUGAUUAUAUUCCCCCUCUUUGACCCAUCCAAGUCGUGUCACUGAUUUUAUUAGCAGUUUGAUUCUCCAUUAUAAGAAACUGUAAAAGGAAAUUGUUUGCAUUUAUGCCAGUUAGAGGUAGAUUAAGAUCCUUACUGUAUCUUGCUUGGUAAACAAGUAGUGCAUGGCAGAGAUUAAUUUGUCUGUAAAAAAAAGUAACUAGUGAAGCAGCAUUAAUCUGUCUUUGACUGGAUCAAGAUUGUUAUGUAGCAAGUAUUUAACUCCAUAUCAAGAAGCACUGAAUGUGAAGCUAACAAGACUAUAUAUAUAUAAAAAAAAGAUAUGCUGGAUGAGAAGUGGAGACCUAUUUUAAAGAAACAAACCAGGAGACAUUAUUUUGAACACAUGCCUUUAUGUGUCUUAAACUAAGAUCAAAGCGGUCAAUAAACUUGACUUGACAAUUA